AUGCCACUCCUAGCUAUCUUUUCUGUGAUAACGCUUUCUGCCCUUACAAUGGCUUGUCAGGACAUUGACGUACUCUCACAUCGUGGUGCAGUCUGUUCCUAUACACCAACUGGAGCUAAGAGAUGUAGCUUGGAGACCACCGAAGUUAUGAAAUUUAACAGUUACAAUCAGGAAGAGUGUCUACGACUACUCACGAAUCAAACGACGCAAAAGGAGGUAAGAUUCCAGUUGAAGGGUCUUCGACUGAAGUGUGUAAAGGAAGAAGUGGUUUUCACGCGGAACACCAUUCAGCGUGUCGUGGACUCGAAAAGAUGCGCUCAUACUGGAUCGUGUAACGGUAAUAAAUGUGCAUCGAUCAACAUGUCGUCCCUACUUCCCGAACUCACACAGGGUAACCAGUACCCCGGCAUAACGAAGUGCAUCGAAAGUUGUGGAGGGCCUGGAUGUGGAUGUUUUCACCUGAGCAGUGGCUGUCUAUUUAACAGAAUCUUCCACAUGCCAAUAGACGCGAAAGUUUACGAAAUAUUUGGAUGCGCCCAAUGGAAGGAGGAAGUAGAACUAGAAGUCACGACCAUAACAAGGUCUGCAGUCCGCAAAAGAACGGUGUUGGUACAACCUACUGUGCCUAUAAGCAUGAGCAACAUGCGGCUCACAAUCACUGCUCUCACCGUUCCACUGACCCCUGCACUGUCAUCUCGGUUCAUCUCGGACGGUUCACAACUCGCCAUCUGGAAUCAUAAAGAAUUACCGAACCCCCUUUGCGAGUCAUGGGAUGACGCGAAUUCACUCAUAAACUGCACAGUAGCAUCAAACUGUGACUGCGACCCAGCGGAAACCACUGUCAUAACAGCCGAAAUUAAAACGUUUGUCACAGCAGAAUUACUCCUCCAUCAAAGAGACAAGUUCGACGAUACGAUUACAGUGGUAACCAACUCGAUAUGCACGAUUACGAACACAGUGGCCAAGGGAUGUUACCUCUACCCGCAGGGAGCAACAGCAGAGGUGAUUUGUCAUACAUAUGGAAAUGAUAUUGUGGCAACAAUUCAAUGUGAGGACCGGUUUUUCACAAUCCCAUGUACCAGGAAAGGAGCAGAAUCAACACUGCGUUUCAGUCACACAUCGGCAAGGAUUCGCCAAAGAUGCAAUGUGUCCUGCGGUAAUUGGGUACAUACCAUACAUGGGUCUGCAGCUCAGAUUAUAGCGGGAGGAAGCAACAUUUCCGACGAGAUCCGCUUACCCGACUUUGGUCACAUAUUUGAUGUACUCCUGCAUUGGUAUAAAACUGUCCUUGCCGUAGGCAUUUUCCUGCUCUUAGCACUCUUGAUGGGAUAUAUGCUCCUUUGGACGUACGGACUCAAAACCGUGCUUUCAAUUGCACGUAUCACACUCAAGACUGCACGAGGAAUCAUGUACAUCACAACCUUCACCAUGCGGUCAGCAUGGAAAAUCGCUUUUGCAUCCACUACGGGAACGGACGUCAUCGCUAAAGCAUCACCGGUGCCCAAACCGACAUCGCCAGCCAAACCAACACAGCCGGCCAAGAGCCUGAAUCCGCCACCAAAACCUGUUGCGCCAGCCGUUCCUAAAAGUCGUGCGUCUGGAACGAUAUUGAAGGAGCUUCUACAACAGGGAAGUCGAGUAUUGCAGCUAGCAGCCAGCAAAGUCGAUCAACUAGCACCAGCCGUUACUGUCGCUUCAUCUGAAGAAACCAUCAAACACCUAAGGCGUCUCGAAAAGCUCCUACAAGCUCAGCAGGAGCAAAGCGUAGGUGCUUUGACUGAAGCCAAAAUUGAGAAAAUUGUGUCCACUGCGGAAGCAAUCGAGACUCGUAUCAGUCAGAUAGAGAAGCUCGUGACGGAAACCGUAGCAAUUCCGAAAGUCCAGGAGCAAUCAUCCGCGCCUACCCAGUGGAAAGACCUUUAA